UUGGUUGGUGUUGGCUUGAAGAGAGGAUAAGAGAGAAAAUCGAGAAAAGUUUCACUUACAAAACUGAGAUGGCUCGAAUCGCGCUGACGUUGUUAGCAAUAUUCCUAGUGCUGAAUAAAUUCAACUUUUCGGAAACUCGAAGUGUCGAAAUGAGAGACGAAGAGAAAGACAGGGAGAAACGUGAAGCUUCUGAGAUCCCCAAAUCAGUAGAGGUUCAUUCCAGAGAAAAGCGAGGUGCCUGGGGUAACGCUUUCAGAUUGGGGGCAGGACUGAGCUUCGCAGCAAGCACUGGAGUCACCAUCUAUACAGAAAUAACGAAAUGCAACGAUUUUAAACCAACUAGCUGUAAAACACCACCAUGCCGCUAUGUGAACUGUCCCGAUGUUUGUACAACGCCCGAUGUAAAUGAUGCAUAUAUCAGAACAGAGAAAGACAAGUUAAAGAAGAAGUUGGAUGUCAUGGAUAAAUUAGCACUGGAUACGUACCAAUUGGCGACAGAUGGAAUCAGCGCAAAUAUUGAUCUCAAGAGAAUAUUUACAGCUAUUGAAAAUAUCAAUGGGAAGGUUGAACGUUUUAUGUUUCAAAUGAUUGAGACGGAUAGAAACCUCACCUAUAACUUUUUAAACAGAACCAAGGAAAUCCAGUCGUUGUUGCGAGAUUACCGAUUCAGUCUUGAUGAUAUACUUGGAAGAGGGCCAGUGCAAGGCAUGUUCGAUAAAUGGACAUGGGAAGACGAUGGUCUGCUAGCGCUGAGCAUUGCAUUGCCAUUGGGAGCAAAAAUGGUGGAAAUGAUGAAACAAAGAAUCGCCAUCAACAAGAUGUACAAUCACAUGCGGGCUGAUAUUAUAAAUAAAGCAAAACAGUCUCUCACAGGCAGUUCUAAGGCUAGAGCUGUCAAACUGGACAUGUUUGUGAAGAGUAUUCAAAACCCACUGGUCGAUAAACAAAUUCGACAAAGCGCAAAGAUGGAGUACAAGGCUCAGGUUGCACAGAAGCAACCAAGCAAAUGGGGACCUCGAAUAAAUGGAGCAAUUAAUGUUGCAGUAACAGUACUAAGUAUAUACAGUACAUGGAAGCAAAUAGACGCCUGCCAAUCGCUAGCCAACGAAAUGCAAGAUAGAGCGUACGAUCUGGCAGUACAGAGUGAAAGUAUAGAGAAAACUAAAGUCACUGAAAUUCUACCACUCCAGAGACAGGUGAAAGUUGAGGUUUGGGAUAAAGUAAAAGAUAUCCUGACGAGUGAAAAUAUUACAGAUUGGCUGGAAGAAAUCAAGAAUCUCACUCUUAAUGCUGAAAAUGCGAACGCCACAACGGCGGAUACUAUCCAGUAUUUCAUCGACAACAUUGCCGCGGCUGGCGUGAAAAGAACAUUGCAGCUUGAAAUAUCGCUCAUAUACGCUUUGAAAAGCGUUGGAUAUAAAUAUGACUGUCUGGGAGACAAACUACACGCUAUAAACAUUGUAUUAAAAGACUGCCGAAUGGGCAGAGACAAGUUUGAACGCUUGUUCCACUCAGUGGCGGUCGAGAAGAACGAGUUAAACCGAAAAGAUUGUGUGAACGAUAAACAAGUACCAUACACCUCCAUGAAGGAAUUCAGGAAAAUCCUCAAAAAGUUUGCAGAACACGAGGGAUGGAACGAAAACUGUCUCUUAAACAGUGAUGACUUUUUAUUCCGUGUUUGUAAUAAGUUUUAUGAAGGUUACACCGAUCAUAAUACCAUCGUUUCGCAACUCCUAAAUUAUACACAGGAUCUUACAACUGCUAUGGUCGCCGACUUCCUGACAAGAUGUCCUGACCCAAAGAUCACUCCCAAGUCCAUAGAAACAACGUGUACUCUGUAUUGCUCCUUUGAAACUAUUCCAAAUAUUGCCCCACACGCCAUCUUGAAGGAAAGCCAGGUAGAAAUGGUAAUCCAGGCUCAUUGUCCGAUAUGCGCUGUCAAGGUCAAAGACGUGAGAAAGAUUUGUCAUCAACACUACUGUAAAUCUAAGAACAUAACAAAAAUAGUAAACGAUGUUGAGAUACCACUACCUACGGUGCAGUUUGUCAUUGCGAACAACUGUUCCUCAAAAUGCAUCAUUUACGACGUGGACGUGAAAAAGGAGAUUUGCGAAGAGAGUGAAUGCAAAGGAUUAACUUCGAGUGCCAUCGCUGAGAAAGUGGACUACCCCAAGCAAGCUGUUGAUGACGUAAUACCGAAUUGCCGAAUCAUUCUCCCCACCUGUCCCCCUCUCAGUCCUCAGAAGAAAAACCUCGUUUGUUUCUUUCACUGCAUCUACGAAACGAACGCUAAAAUCGCAGGGAGGGUUACCUUGAAAGAAAGUCGGGUGGCAGAUGCAGUCAAAGAAUGUGGGAUUUGCGAAGUUUCCAGCAAAAAUGUGAAGAAGAUCUGUCACCUGCAUUAUUGUAAAUCGGCGAAAAUCCAGGAUAUAAUGGACGAUGUUGAAAAGCCACUCAAGACUGUACGCUUUAUUAUUGCAAACAAUUGCUCGUCAAAAUGCAUUGUGGAGGACCUGAAUAUGAAAAAGAGGAUUUGUGAGGACAAUAUAUGCAAAAAGAGAGCAGCGAGUACCAUUGCCACUGAAAUCGCGUUUCCAGUACAAGCAGUCAAUGACGUCAUCUCAAAUUGCAACACCAUUCUACCAAAAUGUCCAGGUAUUGACGACAAAACGAAGGCGCAAAUUAAAACGUUUGCCUGCGACUGGGGACAACCAGCUGCAAGUGUUGCUUCGCAUCUCGACCUCCCGGUGGCUGAAGUUCAGAAAGUUAUCGACGAAUUAGGUUGUUAGAAAUUACCUUGAUUUCUUACAUCAAGAUGACAAGACUUAAAUGGCUAAAUUAUCAAAUUAUUGGCUUGUCAAAUGGAACCAGACUUCGGGAUUCGCGUAUAGCAUCCUGCCAUUCGUUUCACUGAACAUUUCGCUGUAUUUAUUUGCUUUACAACUAUUUGCUAUUUACUGAAAUUGCUUAUAGAUAUUACCUUUAUUGGUAGUUAUUAGGUUAUUACAUGUUAUUAUUGUAUUCUUCUU